GCCAUGAUAGUAUAGUGGUAGUACAUUGCGUUGUGGCCGCACCGACCCUGGUUCGAUUCCAGGUCAUGGCAUUGUUAUUUUUUGUUUUUCGUUUGAGCUCCUGCCUGGGUUUUUCAUCGCCGCCUGCUUGGUCAGUGGUUUGGCCACUGGUUUGGCUGGUUUGGUCGGUGUCGUGCCGCUCUCCCAUUGUCGGCAUGCGUGGCGGGCCGAAUGGUUCCGCUCGUGUCCAGUUGUUCCCCAGAUAUUGUUGGUGCGACUCUGAAUGCACCAUGCAACUCUUCGCCGCCUCAACACACCUCGCCUUGGCAUUAGACAUCUCUGUCUGUCUUUGCUGCAACAGCCCAAAUCCUGGCUGCGAUCCACGACACUGCAGCCGAAACACAUCUGUAUCAGUUUCCUUUCCGAUGAUUCGAUUUCAUUGACGAUACUGAGCCAACCCUCUCCCUCCCGAGACCGGGUCAAUAGAUUCUUUGCUACGAGAGCUCCUGAAUAUAGUCGGUCCAGAAAGAAACGGGACAGAUCCCAUUUCUGGCUUCAGAUGUCUGAACCCCGCUGACUGACUGUAGGCCCCAGCGGGCAGGCCGUGAGAUUGUUUCCCG